UUUCAGUUCUGAAUUAUUUAAUUCCAAAGGAAAUACAGGUUUUGUGGGUUAUAUACUUGCUCUAUGCUAGUUUAAAAUCAACGUGCUUCAAGUAAUGCUCUUUGUUGUGUGUAGAUAAUUGAUACUCCCACCUUUCAAACUACACUUUCACGUGUUUGGGCAUAACUUAUAUCCUCAAAAUUCUGGACUUCAGUGUGUUUCAAAGUGUGAAGCAAAUGGUCUAGAGGAAUGGGAAUUUUGCAGGGUGCUCAGUCACAGCUCUUCUGGUAGAGGGCUUAGGCAGACCUACUUGACAGAUCAGCACUUCAUGUGCCAUUUAAAAACUUUUAUGUUUUUCAAAGAAUUAUUGAUGCCUAUGUAAAAAGAACAUGCUCUUUCCUUUUAUCAGCUGUCAUUAUUAAUGGGAAGCUGGCACUGCUUUAUUUAGCCUUUAGUUGAUCUGAGGUUCUCAUUAACCAUUUCUGAUUGUGGCUGUUGCCCAUAUAGCUCUAUGGAGUUGCAGAACAAGGUUCUGUUCUCCGCUCUUCUGCUAGUUUUGGCAAAGCUAUUGCACCCCAGUUUUCUGAUUAGUGGAACUAGAACACUUUACAUGUGUUCUAAGUGUAUCUGUUUACACUUCCUUUAUAAAGGUAGUUAUUUUAUUCUGCCCUUUAAAUCAGGCAGAGGAAUGUAACCAACAUUAACAAUUAGUGACUCAUUUAGUAAUUUAAGUGGAAACAUUAUUAGAUUUAUUUUGCUCAUAAAAAUGAUUGUCUAACAAAUAAAAUAUUCCACAGUGCACUGUAGCACAGCAGUUUUUCCACAAACAAGUCAUGAUUUAGAGAACAAUUUUUUAUUAAUGCUUUAAUUUAAUUUUAGUACGUCGUUCAUAUUAAUGCCUUUAAAAUUAUAAUGCCUUUAUAAGUGCUCUGAGAACAUCAAAUAAGACACUUUAAAUAACUUCAGGAAAUGAAAUUAUUGCCUGUUUAAGAACAAUAUACACACUUACCUGAGUACGUAUAAUCAUGUUGUUGUGCAUAACCUUCCUUUAGUGGUGCUCAAGCAGCUUAUUUAACAUGAGAAUCAGAAUUUAUUAUUAAUGUGGCAAGGGGGCAUCAAACUAUGGUGGAUGAAAAAGCAUGUUCAAGAAAGAUAGCAAACAUAAGUAGUAAGCCUGAAAGGAAUAGAAAAAAAGAAGCAGCCAGCAGAGAAAACUACAUUUUGGAAGUAAGAAAUACAGGACUAAAGUGAUAACUGCCAAAAGUCAAGCUGAGUUAAGUCUUCAAAGGUUGUUAAAGUAAAUAAUAAAUGGUUCUUUGAUUGUAUAAAGAGAGAAAAAGGAGAUAAAUGAUCUGUGAAAUCAGAGUGGGGUAGACAAUUUAAAUGAAUACUUCAUCCCAGUUUUCAGUAAAGAUGAUGUUGAUACUAUUAGAAAACCUGUAAGUCCUAUUUUUGAUGUUCAUCUGCAAUUCAUUAUCUAAUCCUUGUCACCCAUGCUUAGGAAAGAGGCAUUCAGACUGGAGCAGUGUAGAAAACAGUGGGAUUGGAGAAGGGAGAUUUUUAAAAGAGAUGGAAGAUCUAACAUGUUUAUAAGCAGUAAAAUGCAGGCUGAGAAGUGAUUAUUGCCUAGAUUUGUAAACAGUCCUGGAGGAGAACUGUUUCACCUGGAUCAUAUCAGUGUCACACAAACAAGCUGGUACAGACUUGCUAGCACUUUUAGACCAGAAUUGAGGAAAGAAGGUUGCAUAUUGUCAUAGCAGUGAGCAGUGGGACCAAGAGCUGGAAGAAUUCACUGGUUUUCAAGAUGGAGCCUGACAAGUCAGGAAGGGUUAUGGACACAGUUCCUGGUGAUGACAGGCUUGGAACUGAUAAAGCAGAAGAUGUCUCCAGUCAGCACUCAUAAGUGAAAAGUAAUUAAAAGUUAAUCUCGUCUCUUCUAUCCCUUUUCCCAUAUUAAAAAAAAAAACAAAAACAAUAGUGUACCAUCACGACCUCUGUGUACAUGUGGGAUAGAAUCUCCGUAAAGCAAAUGCAAGAAUGUUUUUUUCUUGAUGUGGAAUCUGUCAGUUGAAGGUGCCAAUUUUUCCUAAGCAAAAUAAAGGGAAGAAUAUUUAUAUAGUUGGAGGUUUUUCAUCAAAAAUACAUGUUUCCAAGCUGGCAAAUAUUUUCUCAUUCAGAUGAUGUAAUUUGAUCAGCUUUAGCUGAUCAAGUUAAUAGAACUGAUGUUGAUUCAAACAGCUGAAGCUGCUCAUUCAUAGAAAUGUUCAUAUGAUUCAUAUGUUGAGUUAUCGUGUUAGAUCUUUAACUUUCCCCCUUUUACUUCUUUGCUUUGUCAUUCCAGCUAGUUGCCAGUAUGUUAAGAUCUUAACAUCUCACAGUCUUCCGUACAGUUACCCUCAAUAUGAUCAUCCUAUAACUUCUGAAUGUGGGUUUUCAGAUAGCGGAAGUUGGGCAUUGGGUGGGCACUAGCGUCAUCACCAGCUUUGUCCAUACAAGCAGUGGGUGAAAGUGUCAUGAGCCAAUGAGUGCAAUGAACUUGACUGCCGCAGUACAUACUUUGCUGAAGGGAUUAAGGGAUGCAAUCUUGGUGAUCUUCAGGUUAUGAAAAGCAAAGGUGUUUGCCCUGUGUCUUGUGUUUUAAUGAGAUCUGAAUGCAUUAGAAAAAUAUCUAAGAAAGCUUAAGCUGAUAAAAUAAAAAUCUGACUUCAGUGUUUGACAGAGCAGAUCUCUGAAUUGUUUGUUGUGGAACAGCAAAUAAGGGAUGACGAGUUUAAAACAUUACUUCUGCAACUACUCCAGAAAGAAAGAAACGGUUUCUUCCAUGGUUAAAUUCUGCAGGAGGAUUUAGUCAUUCCUUUUCAGGAGCUGCAUGCUACCAGCUACACUUUGAAUAGAUCUUUCUCAGCUUAGUUUGCCUCAGUUGUCCAGCAGUUGCAUCAUUUUACUGCCAUGGUUGCCAAAUUUAUUUCUGUAGGCAACGUGAUUUGCUUGUGAAGUUUCCCAGUGUGUUUUGUGUAAAGAUAAGAAAUACAAAGAUUACCCCAAAUACCAGAAAAUACAAGCUGCUCCCUCAGAUCACUGAGGUCCCACUGCAUGAGUAAAUGAGUGUUGUCUUUACUAACUGUUUUGUUCACUAGGUGAUGACAAUUCUGGAAGAAAGGUGAUUACCUUCAGUUGCUGCCGUAUGCCCCCCUCCCACCAGCUCAAUCACACCAGAUUGCUGGAGUACUUGAAAUAUACUCUGGAACAGUAUGUAGAGAAUGAUUAUACAGUUGUCUACUUUCACUACGGCCUGAAGAGUCUGAAUAAACCAUCACUGAAAUGGUUACAAACUGCCUACAAAGAAUUUGACAGGAAGUAUAAGAAAAACCUUAAAGCACUCUAUGUUGUACAUCCAACCAACUUCAUAAAAAUUCUGUGGAAUAUUUUUAAACCUCUUAUAAGCCAUAAGUUUGGGAAAAAAGUCACCUACUUGAACUAUUUAAGUGACCUGAGAGAACAUCUCAAAUAUGACCAGCUUAAUAUUCCUCAAGAAGUCAUCCGGUACGUGUCAAGUUUCAAAUACUUCGUCUCACAUUUUUUCAGACAUGAUGAAAAUCUUCGGGGGAAACACAAGGGAAAACUGCCACCUGUGGUCAAGGUUCCUCCACCAAGACCACCUCUACCUACCCAGCAAUUUGGAGUCAGCCUGCAAUAUAUCAAGGACAAAAAUAGCGGUGAACUAAUUCCCCCAGUAAUGAAGGAAACUGUGUCCUACCUAAAAAGAAAAGGACUACAAGUAGAGGGCCUCUUCAGAAGGUCAGCCAGCAUCCAGACUAUCAAAGAUGUUCAGAAGCUCUACAACCAGGGCAAGCCUGUAAAUUUUGAUGACUAUCAUGACAUCCAUGUUCCUGCUGUUAUCCUAAAGACCUUCCUUAGGGAACUUCCUCAGCCAUUGCUAACCUUCGAGUGUUAUGAUCCUAUUGUUGGAAUUACCAGUGUGGAGAGCUGUUUACGAGUAACCAGAUGUAAACAAAUUAUUCAAGGACUUCCUGAACACAAUUACAUUGUUCUGAAAUAUCUGAUAUGCUUUCUCCAUAUGGUUUCCCAGGAGAGCAUAUACAACAGAAUGACAGCAUCCAGCCUGGCCUGUGUCUUUGGCUUGAAUUUGAUCUGGCCAUCUAAAGGAACAGCCUCUCUGAGUGCUCUGGUGCCUCUGAAUCUCUUCACUGAACUACUAAUAGAUUUCUACAUGAAUAUAUUCAACUCCCGAACAGUGCCUGGUGAGAUCUUACCUUAAUGCUCUCAGAAAGGGAAGAAAAGUUUGGCUGCCUGGAGGAAAGGUCUGAGCAUCUCAACUGCCAGAGCAGUUCCUGCAAAAGACAUUUUCAAUUCUAUACCUUUCCAAGUACCAAAGAUAGUGAGGGAAGUACUCUAUAUUCUCCUCUCAUAAGAGAACCAUGUACAGGUUAAAUAUGAUAGGUUAAAGUGAAACCCCUUAUUCAACUUCAGCAGUUCUGAUACAUUUAAAAAAAAAAA